CUACAGCUGUUUACUGUAGAUUCCGUAAUAAAUUAUCGUACUGUGUAUCAGCAAAGCCGAUGACAGUACAAACUAAAAACACUGUGUUCUUGCCAUAAAAUACCCAAGUCAUUCUGAUUAUAAAUGGAGAUACGUUAUAAUGGUCAAAUAAAGUGAUAAGCAUAAACCAGUUUAUUUCUAUAUAGGUAAUCAGUUUGAAUAAGUUAGGUUAGCAGUUAGUUCGUUCAUAUUUUUUAAUAAUGUCGCUUAAACUGUAUCACUUUACGGUCAGCGGGCCUUCCCGUGGAGCUUUGCUUGCAGCAAGGUACCUUCAGUUACCUAUAGAAAUACAACCAGUAAACACUUUUAAGAAAGAUAACUUGAAGGAGAGUUUCUUGAAAAUAAAUCCUCAGCAUUGUGUACCUACAUUAGAGGACAAUGGUUUUAUAUUAUGGGAAAGUCGUGCCAUCGCAUGUUACUUGGCUGAUAAGUAUGGGAAAGACGAACAGUUUUAUCCAAAAGAUUUACAGAAGCGAGCGUUCGUCAACCAGAGACUGUAUUUCGACGCAACCUUUCUAAAUGUGAAGAUGAGAGCUAUUUGUGCUCCAAUAUUAUUUUCAGGAGCUACGGAAAUCCAAAAGCCAUUAAAAGAUGAUUUCAACACAACGCUCGGAUUCCUUGACAUAUUUCUAAGUUCCACAAAAUGGUUGGCUGGAGACAACCCUACUGUAGCUGACACAGCAAGUUAUGCCACACUGUCAAGCAUUUUGGCAGUAGGAUGGGACAUUUCAAGUUUCCCAAACAUUCAGAGGUGGGUGAAACAAUGCGGGUCAUUGCCAGGCGCUGAGGAAAACGACGCAGGCGCAAAAGAAUACGGGGAAGCUGUCAAAAAGAACCUUAGAUAAAUAAGAUUAUGCAAUUGUUGUUUAUUUGUAUCAAAAUAUAUUUUGCUAUGCAUUUUUACAUGUA